GGCAGGAAGGGCAGGAAGCCGAAAAGUGGAGUCAGACACAGGGCGACAUCAAGUCAAAAACUAAUAUAAAACUCCCUUGAAUAAAUCAACUUAGCUUCGAAGCCGACCAACAAGCUCAAAAAUGAAUCGGUUCAAGAUGUCCAAGUUUCACAACGCUGCACCCAAACCAAUCAAGCGAGAGAAUUGUUAUUUGGACCUCCAUAUUGGUAAUUUGAAAGUGUCUUAURGCAACUUCAUCAAAGCAAGCACUUCUCAUUUGGCUUUUAAUGUUGAACAUGGAGGAGGAGGAAGUCUUGGAGUGUUGAGUCUUGACCAAAUUGGACAUAGAGACAACAAACCUCCUCAUCUCAUGCAUUGCCAUACAGAUUUUGUGACAGACAUGGACUUUUCACCAUUUGAUGAAAAAUGCCUUGCUACAUGUUCCUAUGAUUGCACAAUAAAAUUGUGGGAAUUACCAGAACAUGGUGAUGAAGAAAGUCCUUCACCUAUUAUUGUAUUACCCCAACAACCUAAUCGUGUUGAGAAUGUUCUCUUUCAUCCGAGUGCAAGUGAUGUAUUAGCAAGCACUUGUUCAAAGACACUUACUGUGUGGGACCUGGAAAAGGGACAAGAAAAGUACACAAUGAAUAACCAUGAAGACGUGAUUCAGAGUAUGUCUUGGAAGGGUGAUGGCUCAUUGAUAGUAACAUCUAGCAAGGACAAAAAGAUACGUAUAUUUGACCCAAGAGCCUCCRAGUGUGCAGGGGAAGGGAAUGGACUUGGUGGUAUAAGAGACUCUCGUAUUGUAUGGUUAGGAAACAGAGACCACAUCCUAGGCACUGGAUUUACCAUGUCAAGAGAACGUCAAAUAGCAGUUUGGGAUAUCCAUAAUCUGAACACACCAUUAGAGAGUGUUGAUGUAGAUUCUAAUACAGGAAUUCUCAUGCCAUUUUAUGACCCUGAUAGUGACAUGUUAUUGGUGGCUGGCAAGGGGGAUUCAAGCAUAUCAUUUUAUGAAGUCAAAGAGAAGGGUAAUCCUUAUUUACAUCAAGUAUCGGGUAUAAUGACUGAAGGACAGACUAAAGGCAUGGCAAUGGUACCAAAGGCUGCACUAGAUGUGAUGUCAUGUGAGGUGGCAAGACUGCUUCAAGUCACACAACACAGUAUUGUACCAAUAAGCUACUUGGUACCAAGAAAGAGUUAUGAAGAAUUCCAUGCUGACCUUUUCCCUGAUACCCUUGGUGAUGUACCAGCCAUGACCUGCCAGCAGUGGUUUGAUGGACAAAACUUACAGAGAAAAAAGAUAAGUCUCAAUCCUUCCAAAAGGACCUCCAUCAAGUGCCCAAAAGACCCUAAGACAGGUUUACAUCAAUGCACAGCUGCUACAAAGCCAUCUGUGAAUGAUAAGCCCAAACUCCCAGCGGUCAAACCAUCCAUUCAAAAGGAACCAAAAGAAACCAAAACCGCUCCAUCCAAAGAGCAGGCUGCUCCAGCACAAGAAGAACCUCCUACCUCAACAAAGAAAACAUUUACAGGUGUGAGAGUGUCCAAGUUUAGACACAUCCAUGGAACGCCUUUGCACAAGAAGAACAACAUAGAGAACAUUCGUAACCUGAGCAUGUCAACAUUUGGGGAAUGUGAUGCCCUGUUGGUGAACAAAGAGUUUGUCGCUUGGCUCAUUGCUGGACCUGGUGGCCAGGUAGCAGUAUAUCAGCUUUCCAAUCCUUGCCGACUGCCAGACAGUGGAAUGCCAGUCAUCCAGUGCGGCAGUACAGUCAUGGACUUCACCUUUGAUCCAUUUAAUGACCACAGAAUGGCUGUUGCUUGUGAUACUGGUGUAAUUGGAAUAUGGGAGAUCCCACAAGGUGGACUGACUGAGAUCAUUGAUAAACCUAUCACUAGGUUAAUAGGCCAUAAAGACAAACCAACCAUAGUACGGUACCAUCCCAUUGCAUCAAAUCUUCUUGCUUCGGCUUCUCUUGAUUUGUCAAUCAAAUUGUGGGAUUUGAAGACCGAGAAGUAUGUUAUUACAUUACAGGGCCAUGAAGAACAGAUUUUCAGUUUCUGUUGGAGUUUGGAUGGAAAACAUCUUGCAUCAUUAAGCAGAGACAAGAAAAUAAGAAUUUAUGACCCCAGGGCAAAUACGACAUAUACCAAGAUUGGUGAUGGUCCAGAGGGUUCCAGAGGGGGUCGUAUCACCUGGGCAGGUCAUGAAGGACAAUACCUUGCCGUUUCAGGAUUUCAUAGAUCAAGUCACAGGAUCCUAUGUCUGUAUAACGUGAAUGACCUAUCAGCUGCUGUUCAUACCAUUACACUGGAGGUUGCUCCAUCCAUUCUUAUACCUUAUUAUGAUGAGGAUACUGGUGUUAUUCUCCUCUCUGGAAAGGGAGAUACUAUUAUCUAUGGCUUUGAAAUCAGUACAGAUGAUCCCCAUUUGUUUGAAAUUGGCCAUUAUAGAGCAGCACAACCCUUCCAGGCUGUUGGUUUCCUUGACAAGAGAGCAUGUGAUGUGCAGGCAGUAGAAAUAGCAAGAGCAGUGAAGCUAAGCACAACAAACAUUGAGCAGAUCAAGUUCGCUGUACCUCGUGUAAAGCCAGAGUAUUUCCAAGAUGAUAUUUUCCCUGAGACCAGAGUCAAGUGGGAAGCAGCACUCAGCUGCCAGGAUUGGCUUGCUGGAAAAAAUAAAGAACUCAAGAAGAUGAGCCUAAGACCACCAGACAUGAAACCAUUAAGUGAAGUCCCAAAAGAAACUAAUGUAGUCAAGAAGUAUAACAGUUAUAAAGAGCUGGAUGAUUAUAAAUCAGAUGAACAGAAAAAAGAAGAGCUCGUGACAGCCAUGGUAGACAAACUGGGUAACUAUGAAGAUGAUCCUCUUCCCCAAGAUAUGAUGGAAGGUGUUGAUGAUGAUGAAUGGGAUGACUAAGAAGGUGCAAGGUGGUACCAAAUAUUACAGUUAAAUAACUUUUUUAGAAAGGUCAAAAAGUCCCUUUUUGAGUGGAAACGUUUGGGUUAUAUAUAUUGGUAUUUAAAUUGUUUAAAUGAAAACCCCCAAAAUUCAUUCAUUCAAAAACUAGGUUCAUAAAAUAGUGAUUAAUCAGACCUGGAGCAGGUCUAUACGAUCACAAGAAAUCUUCAUUUAAGGUCAUACACAAACAUGCAUAAAACGAAAUAUGGAGGUGUGCACUGCCAGUCAAAAUUUCAAGUUUAUAUCUGUUAUUACAGCCGUUACAAGAGUGCUAUAAUUUUGAAUUAAUUCCAUACAUUCUUGCAGUUACAUUGUGUAAGGGCUUCUAGUUAGUACAUGCGCUGGUUUAAGAGAACAAUGCGAGAGUUACAACUAGGUUAAUUAGAUAUGAAUUAGUAUAUGUAAUAGGACUCCAUGCUGUCCAAUUAAGAAAUAAUUGGACGAGGAAAUUUCCGAGGACUGACAAAAUUGGAUGAGGCCGUAGACCGAGUCCAAUUUGGCAGUC